AUGCUCUCAGUCGCACGGAUCAUGGCGGACGAUUACAAGCUCAAAGCCCCUCCAUCCGUCAGAAAUGCGUUCUGCUUUCAUCCUGGCAGUACGGCCGUCAACUCCGCCGCGUCUAUUACUUGCGCGGCGCACCCCGAAGCAAUGCCUGAUGCAGAGGCUGGUGAAGCGCACGGCGCCGGUUCCAUAAGCGGCUCGCCUGACAGCACGCAUGCUGAGCCGAGCAAGCUGGCGCGCAACUCGCGACAGCACCCGCAGCUCGAUCGCCUUCAACAAGAGAUCGCGGCGCGCGGCAGCAAUGCAGGCAACCAGCCUGCUGCGCCGAGCAAACUGAAGCUCAACUCGCGGCCGCACCCGCAGCUGCUUCUCCAGCUCGAUCGCCUCCAGCAAGAGAUCGAGGCGCGCGGCGGCCAUGCCGUUCUUGAGCUCAUCCCCGCUACGAGCAGUCACUGUUACUACGUCCACGAAGUGUUUGAGGACCACAAGGCCGUUCAUCUCGUCAUGGAACUCUGCAACGGUGGUGAUCUCUUUGACUUCAUACAAAGCUCCCCCAAAGGCCGACUAACUGAGCAACAAGCCGCAUCCGUGAUGAGACAACUGCUGAAUGCUCUCCACCACUGCCACUCCCUUGGUGUGCUUCACCGCGAUGUGAAGCCCGAAAACAUCCUCCUGUGCGACCGGGUACCGCAUCAAUCGCGCGACGGGGAUGUGAGGAUCAAGCUCAGUGACUUUGGAGUGGCUGGAUUUCUCAAUGAGGACGGUGUAUGCACGGACAGCGCAGGCACAUCAGAGUACAUGGCACCAGAGGUGGCCAUGAAAGCACCCUACAACGCCAAGGCGGACGUCUGGAGCGCCGGAGUCGUCCUGCACGCCAUGCUAGCUGGCGCCCUUCCCUCCUGGGCGGCGCUACCAGACGGGUUCAAAGAGGAGGCUGAAAGCAUGAGCGACGGUAGCAGGAAGGGGAAGGCAACGACGAUGCAGGAGGGAAUUGCACGGAACGAUCUUAAACUGAAGAGCCGGGUGUGGAGGGGUGUGUCGGAGGAGGCUAAGCAUCUGCUGAGAGCCUUGCUGAGGAAGGACCCGGCGGAAAGACCCUCGGCUUUAGAGGCAUUGAGUCAUCCGUGGUUGAAGAAUGCCACACAGGAGUGCCAACAGCUGGAGAAAGUGACUCAUCACUGA